UUCAUAGAGUAAACAUCGUACAGCAGUGAGCUCUUGAAUUUUCGUUAAUUUAAGUGGUUAUACUUUACCAAUGAAAUUACAAAUUUGCACAGUUGUUUGUUGAAAAUAUAUGCAAUUGAACAGUGGUGAAAAGUGCAGUUUGGAAACUACAAUAGAGAAGGUAUUUUGAUUAGUUCAGUUAAAUUAAUCUAACACUGUUGUCAGAUCUCCAAGAACUAAAAUGCCAACACGGAGCAGUCAAGUUGAAGAAGCUCAUUUGGAAUCUCUAAUUAGCAAAAUAUCGUCAAAAUUACUGAACAAAAUCGAUAAUAAAUUGGAAAAUAUGACAGCCAGAUUUGAUACAAUAGAUGUGACGUUGAACUCUCUGAAUGCUAAAUUCAUACAUCUAGAAGAAGUAGAGCACAACCAUAAGAAGCAAUUUAUAUUCGUCAAUGAAAAACUUGAUGAGUUACAUCAAAACUCCAAAAUGAAUAGCCUACGCUUAAUUGGAGUCAAUGAGGAAACAGAUGAGAAUUUGAUUAGCAAAAUCUUAAGUACAAUAAAUGAUGGAAUGAAAAUCAAAUGUGCUAUAUUCGAACUGAAUAGAGUAUUUAGAGUUGGCAAAAUUUCCGCAGAUCUUACUAAACCGAGGGCAGUAAUUGUAGACUUUGUUACCAACCUGAAACGAAAUGAAGUAUACAAAGCCAAAUUUAAGCUAAAAGGAACAGGAAUUUUCAUCAAUGAGGAUUUAACAGAAUAUCGCUACAAGCUACUCCUUCAAGCAAAGAAGAGAUUUGGGAAUAAAGAAGUCUGGUCGCAAAAUUGCAAAAUUUAUGCCAAAUGCGACAACGCUGUAAAACUUAUUCGACAUGAAGUGGAUCUGGCGAACUGAAAGGAACAAAAAAAGUCAAAGUAGAUAAACUACUAUUCUUAGUUUUUGUACCCUAUCCUUAUUGUAUCUAAAGCCUGGCCUAUACUGGAA